AUGGCCUCGUCUUCAAGAAGAGGACAAGGACCAGGAAACCAAAAGACUGGUGACAUUAACCUAAAAGACAGUGAAUGGUCAUCUAAAUUGUAUCUUAAAGAUUCUGUAGAAAGUGGUGUGGUAUCAAGUAGUGGAAUGACGGGAUAUUCUGCUUUGGGUGAAGAUAGAUCAGAUAAUUCACUAUGUUUUCAGGAUUUUGGUUUCAGCUCAUUUAAUUCUUCAACUUUCCAUGAUAAACGUUUCAAGGCCUCAUUUGAUGAAAGUACAACCAAAGGAAUUUUAUUAGAAAAACUCAGAGAAGUCCAUAUGACUAUGCAGGUAAUCAAGACAUAUUUCAGAGAUACCAAGCUCUGAAUAUCUGGCUUACUGCACUUUUUAAUGACAUGAUCAGAACCUUGGAAAAAAGAAACAAGAAUUGAAUGCAUUGAAAUCUACCAUUUACAGUCCAGAGCUGCAACCUUUAGAACCAAUUCCUCAGUAUAUGAGUGGUUCACUAAGAUGAUUGAUGGUUGUCAAAAACAUAUUGAUUGGUUAAAUUCUUUACUUCCAAGGCUGCAUGUUAUUAGAUGUGCAUUACAUUGGUAUACCUCUCUAUUUGUACCCUCGGUAUAAACCCACUAUGCUCUCCAUAAAACAAAACUCAACCCCACCCCUUAUAUGUGGUUGCGGUCCAUUUGGCCAAUCUAAAUCCAUAUUUUGUGAUCAAAAAUUCAGUUUUCCAUUUUAUUAACGUCUAAUCCAAUCUAAGAUGGUAAUUCAAAUGAUCUACUUUUGCACACGCAUUUUUCAGAUUGGUACCUCAGUCUGGUCUAAUCUGGUCUUUUUUUCCAUUUUAAACAAAACUGCUUUUUGACUGCAAAACCGUACUUGUUCAUGAGGCGAUUGAUAAACAUUCCAUGCAUCGAAAGACUAAUAAAUCAGUUGUAAGAGCCUCCUGUCAGGUCCAGUCCCCCCUCCUGCAGUGCCAAUCCGGACUCGACCGACCCAAAAGGGACUACUUUGCAGUCUAACCUUUUUUCACUUCCUGUCCACCAAACUCACUGGUCUGUGAGGAGUUCACGGUUUCACUAACGGGAAUUUACCUUCUUACUUUGUAAAAGGCAUCCCCUUUAUGGCUUGUGUCACCAUUAAGUAUCCCCAAUAAUAGUUUUGAAAGAAUCUACUAAAAGCUACCUAGUGUACCUAAGAUACUACUGUGUAUUAAAUGAUAAUUGUUUUAUUAUUAAAACAGGGCCAAGCAGAGAGGCUUAUAGAAAGUGAGAGAGAACUAUGCUUAUUACGAGGUCAACUGGAAAGCUUGAGUGCAGAACAUGAGGCGAGGCCGGAUAAUCAAGUUUUAAACUGUUAAAUGCGUUGUUAGCUCUCCCAUUAUAUUUUCCAUAUCUUUUCAGUUUUGCAAUCCUUAAACUUCAAAGUUUGACUCUCUUUUCUUCAAAUUCUACACCGAAUUCCCGAAACUUCCUACUUAUUACCCUAUGCUGUAAUACAAGCCUUUUUGUAGGAUCAGAUCAGCGCUGCCUUUCAGUGUAACCACUUGAAACGCAUAAGUAGGCUUGCAAUCCGCUACAGGGCUUUAAAAAAGUCUUUAUCAUUUGUGUUAGCAAAAAUUCAUGCUAAACUAAUAAAACUUAACUUACAUUUCGCAAAAGUUAAACACAUUUAAAAAGCUAAAAGAGUACAAAACCUUAAAAUCCCGUAUACAAUACGGGCUUCAAAGCAGUAACCGUUUCAUGCAUAUCCGCUGUCUAAUGAUGUAUUGCAUCACUGUAAGCUGUGUAAAUAAGUUAUGCACGGGCGAAACAGGCCGAAAACCAGGCGGCCAUCUCCACGAACUUCUUCAAGAUGUUGCAAGAAACAACGAAGAAAGGCGUAUCGAAACCAGUAACUUGCCAUUUCAAUCUUGCCAGUCAUUUCCGCCAAACGUUAGCAUUCUUCGGUAUCUCUCUUCACCAAGGCAACAAAGAAAGUCGCAAAAUCUAGAGAAAAACUUUUGUUUCAAAUCGGUACUGGUAUAAAUACCCACGGAUUCAUCGAAUUUUAAAUACAACCUCCAUUGGACUAAUUUAUUUUUGUUUUAUUUAUUCAUGUUUCUCGCGUUUCCAUUGAUUUAUUUAUUUUUCCCACCGAUAAUAUAGCUCCAACAUCCGAAAUCCAGAAAACUCUGAUCUUGAUAAAGCGUUCAAAUAUUUAUCUUGUAUUUCUUAGGGACUGCAGGGAGAAAUGCAUCAUUUAACAGUGGAAAAGAAAGCUUUUGAGUUUUUCAAAUCGGAAAGUUUGAAAAAUCGAGAAAAGUUCCUUCUGAGGUAGGUCUCCACAAGUACAUUUGCGGUUGUAGUAUAAUGAACUGGUACAUUCAUACAAUAACGUUUGCGGUUGUGGUAUAAUGAACUGUUAUUUGAUUUAAGUACGUUUGCGGUUGUGAUAUAAUCACGGAUAUAAUGAACUGGUAUUUGAAUUAUUUCGCUAAUAAUGAUGAAUAUACUGCAGGAUUAUACUUCUCACUGCUGUCCAUUUUUACAGAAACGUCGUGGACCAUAUUUACAUGUCGGUUUCUGAACAUCUCGUCUCUUUUUCUACGCCGAAAUGUACAUGCAUGGUCCUUAGUUUUCAGAGCGUUGUAACUGAAUUACCAGACUUAUUAAAGUAAUUGACUUGCAGUACUUAACAAUAGCCUCUGAAGUACCAGACUUAUCAAAGUAAUUGACUUGUGUAAUAAUAUUUAAUAUUUAUACAGCGCAUUUUCUAUAAAAAUAAUCAAAUUUUCUGCGCAAACAUUACAAGAAAUACAAAAAUAAGAACCUAUUUACAGUCCCUUUGGAAUUAAAGACGAACACUACACAAUUUACAAUUAGUUAUAAGAAAAGUGAUUUACAGAAAAACUAUUUAAAAAAAUGUAAAAGUCUACUUAGCAAUAGCCGUUUCUGAAUUUUCUUCCCCCUUACAGGGUGAAUGAUUUGGAUAAGGCUCUGACUGUCCUGUCUACUGCUUACAAUGCUUUACAAACGGAGGCUCGCGAGAAGGAAGAUGUUCUUGAUAAAACAUCUAAUUAUGUAACCGUUCUAGAGCGGGACAACAAAAAACUUCAAGAGGUAUUGGUCUUUCGACCGAUUUCGCUUUGAGAAAAAGUAAGGAAUAGGAUUCUCAACACUAAAAGAGGGAAUUUAAAACUAAAGUCUGCAUGUAUUAACUAGGUAAAGAUACAUGUGUGGUUGUGGGAAUUGUUGUUACUUUGAAAGUUUGUUUAUUACUGUUAUUUUGUUUAUUACUGUUUAUUACAUUCCGCGCAAGCCGGGAACACGUCCUGGAGAUUUCGUCGUUUGCCCUAAAAAAAGAAACUGGCACCUGCUACGCAAUCUACAGAACACCUAAAAUUCCAGUUUUCCGGGGAUCGUGCCCUUGGAGCUAAUGCCUCCCCUCCCUUGCAGCGUAUAAUGAUAAGGCCCAUCUAUCUGGACCUUAUUCCGCGGUGCCUGUUACAAAAACGCCAAGUUAUACUACUGAAAGGAUGCAUCAUGCACGACCAGUUGUAAUGCACUUCAUACAAGUACGAACUACUGACGUAUACGCAUUGCCUCAAACUUAACAGUUGAAAGUGGAUCUUGACUUCCCCUUGCUUUUUUACCAGCUUCUUCUCAGUUUCUACUGCUCUUUCGUCUUUUUCAACUAAUUAUAUUCUGUUUAAGUUUGUAACCGCAGUCGUAAUUGUGUGAUUUUAGGAGUACAAAAAAAUCCACGAAGACCAUGCUGCUGUUAAACAUCAGUUACUCAUAAGGAUGAAAGCCACAGAGGAUGCAAAGGGCAAGAUACACCAACUUAACGAGGAGAUUGCACAGCUCAAAAUGGUAUAUUAAUGUGUUCAGAUAAAAAAAUUUGCAACAUGUAUUAAGCAAGCAGAUACUGAAUUUUUUCGGUUUUUAAUUAUGUCAAAGUUAUUUUUUAUGUUCUCUUGCAUUCAUCGUUAUGGAGUUGUGAAUUGUGCUCAAUAACUUUUAAAAUCUUAAAAGCUUUAAAACCUAAGUAUUCCCGGGCCUCCUGUAGAUAGUUUUUCGUCAUCGCGGCAACCCAUUCGCCGCUUGGCGUCCUCUUGAGUUUGUUAGUACCUUCACCCGUUCUUUACCUGUUCUAGCGCUGUCUCUCUGAAGCUAACUCUUUGAUGUACGCAGAGCAUUUCAUAGUGUAAUUUGUAAUUUGUUCGUCUGAGGCACUUGACAUAAAGUGUUACGGCGUUGGUUAUGAUUUUAUAAAUGUUCUUUUCAUCAGGAGCGUGACAUGGUAAAUGGCAAAGUGAUUGUACUUGAGGAGGAAGUCCAGCAUCAUAAGCGUAGUUUCAGUAAUCUGAUAAAAGAACAUGAAUGUUUGCUGAAGAACAAACUGGAACAGGACCAGAGACUUCAGAAAGAAAUUAGUGAGAGGCUGUGCUUAAAAAUGGUUAGCAACACACUUGUAUUAAGUCCGGCCCCGCCCUGCUUACUGGGGACACAGUGUACUGACAGAGCUCAAUUGAAGGGUUAUUCAAUGUUUUAACAAUAGUAAACAUGUAUGUAGAAGUGUGCAUAGAAAAACCACUCUCUUCCUUCUUCAACAACUUUUUGUAACAUAUGCUGACAACCUGAAUAUUGUUUCAAAACAGGUUUGUUUUGUUGGUGAUUUCUUGUUUUGCAGCAAUUGAAUGUUGCCAAACAAGGCAUAUUUUUUUCGCUUUACUGAGUGGCUUAAAUAUAUACCUUAAUUAUUUCAAUGGUAUUGUUGCCAUCCACGAUAGGCGCAAUCAUGAUUAUCAAACAUAAUGGUGAAUAAACGCACAGCCUGCCGGUUUAAUGCCCUGAGACGGGAUUCCUCCUUUUUGCCGUGACUUCCAUUUUGAGACGGUAUUCCCAAUCCUGAGUGCUUGCGUUCUAUUAGGCAAAACAAUCGGUUAAUCCAGGUAAUCAGGAGUACGAGAUGGAACUCGUCCAGUCGCGGUUGUUCAUUGAUAAGAAUUGCAUGAAUGAGAUCGAACCUCUUUGAUUUAUCCGCGAACAAUAAUUUGGCAGGUCCACAAUCUCUUAUAAGUUUCUAUAUAUUUUAGGUCAAUGAUCUCCUUGUGGAGGAGUCAGCCCAUGUGAAGGAGGCAUUUCAGAAGCUUGAACAGCUGACUUGUGCCUUGGAACAAAAAUCAGAGGAUUUUAGUCAGAAUCUUCACAAACUAGAAAAGGUUUCUGAGAACACGGAUAAGGUGAUUAUGGCGUGAACUGAGAACAAACUUGUUUUAGUUUUUUUUCCUGCACCAAGCUGACCAAAGAUAGCUUUUUGAACAACAAGCUGCUGCUAACUAGAUUAAUAUGUUGGUAGAACCACUAAGGAAAUGAAAUAAUAAUUUGAUUAAAUUAUAAUAGAGAUUUCAGUAAGGCACUCUAAGUCUGCUCUCUAAGUAAUAAAUGUUAUAUUCAUUUAGAAGGUGUUAAAGGAAUCAGGACCAUCCACAAUAACUGCCAAGUGAGUAACUUUUCUCUCUUUUAAGAAAUGCCGAGCUUGGAUGGCGUAGUGCUGAGAGCACCUCCCUCCCACCAAGGUAGCUUGGAUUCAAAUAACUGCGUCGAUCGGCACGUUAACUUUGUUGUUGGUUCUCUCCCUUACGCAUGCUCCGUGAGCUUUUUCUCCGGAUUCUUCGCCUUUCUCCUCUCCUCAAAAACCAACAUUUCCAACUGAUUCCAAUUUGAUCUGGAACUCGCGGACACAUUUAAAUGAGUUGUUAAGAACUCCUAAGUGUUUCGUACAUGUAUAUAUCCAGGGCUAUUUCUUGUGCUGGAAAGUAACUUUAAGAUACUGUUUUUAUGAUUAGUCAACAACGAGUUAGUGUUAAUUUCUUGCAAGACGAGGUGUACAAGAUCAAGGAAACUUUAGCAAGGUAACUUUAUAUCUAUUUCAUGUUUUAUAGCCACGUCACGGAACACUCCUUUUGUAAGAUUACCCAGUGAAGGUUGUUAAACCUCAAUCAUUUCCAUGACCUCUUUGUCCAUCUUGAUUUGAAGUGUUAAAAUUGGUCUUUUGUCCGUUAUUUUCAGGACAUGAAAUUUAGACGUUACUUUUUAAAAACAUUGUUUUUUGGUAGUGAGUGAAACAAAAGAAUAUGUUGUUGUAAGAACCAAUGCGCUUCUGGUUUGGCAUAUUAAUGUCAAUAGGUGACGUCAGCGUUAGUGUCGCUAUUUCUCUGAGGCCGGUGUUCUUAAUCAUUGUCACGGGUAGUGGGCAGCACCCUUCAAUUCAAAUAUGGGGCUUUGAAGCUUUAAAUGAGGAUUUAGCGUGUGAUUUUGUUCCAGUCUCUUCUUAGGAUUUUCCUUCUUCAGUUUCUUAAUACACGAUACACUUUUGAUCACGCGAUUUCCCUUUUUCCUGCUGCGUAAAUGGCGCAUUUAUCGUCUAGGGCGCGUUCUUUACGUUCCGCAGUUCUGGUGAAUGUGAUUGUCAUGUAUUCAUCAUUUCAUCCCUUUAUUGUUCGUAUUUGAGAAACGAAUAGUUAGAGAGUCGAGUUCUUCUUGGUUCUUAUGUUUGUAAUCCUUGAUCUCAAAGGCUGGAAUCUGAAAAAACGGAGCUGUUAUCUCAAGUGAGUAAUUUACAGAAUGAACAGAAUGUGUGGCUUCUUCAGAGGAGUGAACUGGAAAUGACACAAGCUGAGCUUGUAGCAGAAAACACGCAACUUAGGAGAGAUUUAACUUCUAAGGUACGACUAACCAGCCCUGUACCAUAACAGUACACCCGGCCUCUCUAUUGAACAGUCAUCUCUCUUCAUUUUGCUGUCGUCUCGUUCGUUGACUUAACUCUCUCGCAGCUUAUUCCCGGUCCGCUAUCACAUCACUAACACAAGAAAUUUGCCAUUAAUCGUUAAUACUAUGCAAUGUAAUACUACGCAAUUUUUAAUCAUUCCAGUGGUGGCGUUAUUAAACUUCAUUGAUUUCUGAAUGUUCUGUCUUAAUUAGUGUUUAUGACACUGGAAAGAACGAAAAAUGGUCACAUCUCAUUUAGUAUUUAAGAUAUCCUCAAAGAACUUUGUAUUUGUUAUGUCCUUACAACCCACUCUGUUAAAUUUUGCCGAGUGAUUUAUUGUUGGUCUAACUUUGUGCUUUGGUUAAAUUGCCAAAGUUUACGGUCCAAGCGCCAGAAAAUAACACAGAAGAGAUCAAUCAGAAAUUUGAACAAGAUAAGGAAGAGGCAGUGAAGAAGGCCAAAGAAAUAAUGAAGGUAAUAUCAACAAAUUAUUGCUAAUCCCGUCAGAUACCACUCGUCCUUAAAGCAAAUUUACCUCUUUUGGGAAGGACGCAGACACUUUAAUAGGUUACUACUAUUGUGCCAAGAAAAUAGUAACAAAAUAACAGAAGAAGAAAGUGUAACUAAGACCCUGUUUACGUGGAGUGGAGGACCCCGGUCUAGUGGGGUAAGUUUCUUUUGUUUUGUGUCCCCCAUAGACCGGGGUCCCCCACUCCGUGUAAACAGGGUCUAAAAAAUUCCACUCAAGCGUGUCAGCGUGUAGCGUGUCAUGGUGUUUGUUCCUGGGCGUUUUUUAGUUCAUAAAUUAAAGGGAGCAUACCUGAUGUCAGUGCUCGAGCUUGAUUAUUUGCGGAAGUUAAAGCAGAGUUUUUACUUACAUACUUUACAACCUUUAUUGUUACCUCCCCAAAGGGGCUUUUCAGAAACAAUGAUUAUAUUACAUUAUUUACAAUAACUAAUUACAACACUCAAUUCAAUACUAAUUACAGUGCUAGCUAAUUACUAAUUACAAUGUUUUAAACUUAACGAAGAAGUAUUUACAAAAUUAUUUAAAGCUGGCUCCUUGAAGAACGUUUAAAAAUUUUUAGUUUUUACUUUUACCUUUUGUUUCUUUGCUUUGUUUUUUCUUUGGCUGGGUGUGUGGGUGGGUGUGUUUUCUUCCCUAACCCUUGACCGAUUUUUUGAGGUACGCAUGUGCGUACUGGCGCACAGGAAGCUACACCCCUGAUGUGUAUAUUGGUUUCCUGCUUUUUUAAGAAAUCGUUUGACGAAGUUUGUCUUGAACUGAAAACCCUCAAAUCAGAAUUCAGUAAAGUAUGGGGAAAGCUUGAAAGGAAGGUAAGAAGCACUUAGAUGGCCAAUUCAAAAAAACAACACAAUGCUUUCCCCCAUAUGAUGAUAAUAAUUUUUAAUACCAUUGUUAUAUAGCUGGAAAUUUUUUUGCCAACAGCGCGCGCUCUCAUUGGUUACUUUGAGGACACAUACAUGCAUACGGUGGCACCUCGAUACAACGAAGGUCAAGGGACUGGCAAUUUUUGUUCGCCAUAAAGAGGUUUCGUUAUAUCGAGGUACUUUUCCAUAUAUUUUACUAUUACUGGGGUAAAGAAAAUUGUUCGUUAUACCGAGGACGUCGUUAUAUAGAGGUUCGUUAUAUCGAGGUUCCGCUGUACAUACAUACAUCAUUAUUUGAUAAACCAGGUUGAAUAGAUGGCAGCUAUUGCUGAUGUGGGCCUGCUAUCUACUUUAAACUAUAAUGAAUUAACAUCUAAAAAUACCGUAUAUCCUAGUAUAAAUAAUUAUAAGUACAAAUAAUACAUAAAUAAAUAGAUAAGCUUAAGAUGACUAUGUAAAAAUAAAAAUAUAAAUUCCAAUUAAGUCAACUUUGACAAUGCAAAUAAAAGAUACAAGGAAGAGUAAUCAAAAUCACUAGUAAUAAACUAGAUAUCAAUAAUAUAUAAAUUCAUCACUAUUAUUAUUGGUUGCAGUAGAGUUCGUGCCGAAAGUAAUUUGGUCGAUGCGUUUAGAGAAUUUCUUAAUGUUGGCCUUGAAUGAAGAGUAACUAGGCUUGUACUUUAACUGGUUAGGUAAGCAAUUCCAAACAAUGCUAGCACGAUGAGUGAAAGAAUCAUGUAAGGCUUUGGAUUUAGAACACACAAGUUCCAAUCUUAAAUUAUCUCUCAAAUUAUAUGGAGUUCCGUGCUUUGUAAAUAAAUUGAUAAUGCAUCAGGAGCUAGGUUAUAAAAAGCCUGGUAAGCAAUACAAGUAAGUCUUCUCUCAUACAUAUAAUGUAGAGAUGUCCAUUUAGCUAUGCUGAGUACUUCGUGUUUUGGGCUAGAUAUGCUGAUAUUGUGAAUCAGUCUGGCAGCACGGGUGUGCGAGUCCUCGAGGUCAGCCAACAAGUUGGAAGAUCCCCACAGGGAUAUACAAUAAGUCACACUUGGCAAAAUACCUUUGAAGUAGAUAGAUUCCAGAGUGGAGCCGUUGAAGGUAUUCGUCUGUUUAAGUUUGAAAUCUUUGCGUUGAAGUUUCAAGUACCCAUUUUGAUAUGAGGAGACCAGUUGAGCUUGUCAUCAAGUUCGACUCAAGAUGAACUGGAGACACAACUGAUGGGCUUAUCAUCUAUAGUGAUGAGUCUGAUUGGACCGAUGAAUGGUGUUUUUGAGAUGAGUAUUACUUCUGACUUGACUGGAUGGAUGAACAUAGAGUUAAAUUUAGACCAGGUAAUUAGUUGAUGCAAGAGAUCUUGUAUGUGGAUUGAAAUGGAGUCUGUGGAGUUUCCAAUAAUAAAGGCAGUGGAGUCGUCAUCAAACAUUUCUAACUUUGAGUCAAGGGACAAAGGCAGGUCAUUUGUAAAGACGCUGAAAAGUCUUGGGCCCAACAAGGAACCUUGGGCACGCAAGAGGUUAAUCUCAUUUACUCAGAAUUUGUACUAUUGAUAGACACAAACUGGUAUCAGUUAUUAAGGUAAUUAACAACCCAGUCAAAUGAGUCACCACAUAAACCUGAAGCUUGGAGGUUUUUAGGUAAAGUUUGAUGAGACACAGUCAAAGGCUUUUUGGAAGUCAAUAAAGAUAAUGCCAAUUGAUUUUACUUCAUCUAAAGCAAGCCUCCAUUUCUCUGUCAUGCCAAGAAGCAGCAACUCAGAGGAUCUACCCUUUCGGAAGCCCCUUUGGGAGUCAGUAACUAGAUUGUGUUGGUUCAGAAAAGAGUCUGGUUCAGAACAAGUAAUACUUUCCAGUAAUUUAAUUGGUAUAUUUAGAAGUGAAAUGGGACGGUAUUUUCCAGAGUCUUGAGUACUUCCCUUUGUAUGGAUACAGAGAACCUGUGCUGUCUUCCAUUGUGAUGGAAACAUGCAAUCAUCGAAGCUCUUCUUGGCAAUAUUAAGACAGUUAUCAACGAAGACAUCACUCAACAUUUGUAGUUCUUUGCCAGUGGUUUUAUCAGGGCCACCGGCUUUUCCCACUUUGAUGUACUGCUUGAAAAAAUAGGAUAGGAGCUCUCUAUUGACAGUAAAUGACUGUAAAGUAGGGUUAAUUUUGUAGAUGUGAUUAACUGGUUGAGUGGAAAGAUCCAAUGCUGAUGAACUGUUAGUAUUAACCAGAGUUGAACGUUUAUUGGAUUGAUUUAUAUUUUCGCUUCUCUUGGGCUUCCUCGCCAUGAGAGUUUAAAUAAUUAGAAUUGUUUGCUUUGCACAACUUUUGGCAAACAAAACAAUAAACAAUAAACAAUUGGUAAAGUAGGAGUUGAAUUCAUUUGCCUUUGAGAAAUUGUCGGUUAGAAGUGAACCAGAUGGGGACUUCACUGGGCCAAUGGUAGAGCACUUGUUGUUGCCUAGGAUGGAUUUGACUAAGCUCCAAAAUUGUUACUGGAUUUAGCAUUGGUGAGUUUGCUAUUCCAGUAAGAAAUUUCAGCUGAUCUUAACAAUUUAGUACAGUAGUUUCUUUGUUUCUUGUAAGCCAACCACUCAGGAAAUCCUCUUGGUGUUUUUUGGGCUUUAAGGAGAAGAUUAUAUCUCUUAUUCAACUCUUUUCUCAAGGACGAAGUCAUCCAGGGCAAACUAUUUGAUCUAACUUUAGUCUUUCUAAGAGGAAUAUGUUGGUCGAUGAUGUACUUAUAUAAGGCAUCCCAUGCCCAAACAGAGUCGUCAAUAUCAUCAAAGAUACCACAGAUAAACCAUGGAGCAGACGCAAAUUCAAGUUGAAGGGCUUUGAUGUCAAGUCUUUUAAAAUCCCGGACUAGCUUUAAUUUAGGUUUCUCAGAAAUCCUUCACAAAUUUACAGCAGCAUAAACCAGGUGGUGGACGGAUAUUCCAGGAUUAUAUGCACCAUGACUAGAAAACUUGGAAGGAACAGACGUAAUAAUCAGGUCAAUCAGAGAAGAUGUAUCGCCGGUGAGUCUAGUGGGGACGUCGAUAACGUUCUUUAAAUUGAAUUUACAAAGUAGGCUCGUGAAUUUCCUUUUUAAAGAAAGGUCACACGAGGAUGAUAAAUUAACAUUGAAGUCUCCCAGUAAGAUGAUAUUGGAACAAUUUCGCCAUAAAAUUUCCAUUACCACGGAAAACUCGUCGAAGAAAGAAGAGCAGUCUUGGGGUCUGAAUAGAAGCUGGUAUCAUCGUAAUAGUACUGUAUCGAACUACACUCAGCACUCAAGAAAUGAUAAAACGCUAAAACUAAUAAGACUUUAGAUGAGCUAAGAAGUUCACGUCCAAGUGCCAUGACACCACAGGCUCAUCUCACAUGACAUCUAACAGUGAAACUGUUUCUCGCCAAAUCUCUUAGUGGGCAACAUUGCAAAAUUUUUGAAUUUUUUUUUCAGCUAUCCGCGAAUGUUGACCGACGACAGCGAGGUUUCAUCAAUUUCCAGCUAUAUAACAAAUCACUGGUCCCUUGGGAAACAGUUAAUUUUUUUCCCUCGAAUCUCAAUAUUUACCUCGGCUCUGCCUCGGAAAAAAAGAGAUUCUCAGGAAACAACAUUAACUGUUUCCCUCAGGACCAGUCAUUAAAUGUUUAAUAACAGACUUACUGCAUCGACUAAUACUGGGCUACAGCUACUGCCAUAAACUAUUAUCACGUGAAGUAGAAACUAUACAUAUUAUUGUGAAAAAUUUACCUCUUUUGUUGAUCAUAAGGAGGUUCAGCUCGGAAUCACUUUUCUCUCUUUCACCAACAAUAACAGCUCAAAUAAUGCGAUGUAUAAAACUUUUUUCCUUUCCAAAAAUACCGCAACCUAGGAGAGCUUUUCACGACAUCUGUCUUGGUGGUUUGGCUUAGAAGAGUCACGGAGAAUCUGUCAGAAAGGAGGCAAUAUAAAUCAUGUGUCCUUUGUUAUUUUCUUUCUUAAACGUAGUUACCCUAAUUUCGUCCAUCUGGCAAUCUGGAGAAGACUUUAUCACUCCAGUUAGUGCUAUACUGUUCCUGUUUCUGAGGUCUAACAAGAAUUCAUUGACGUUUAAGACAGGUGGUUUAUCUAAUUGUAUUGUCUUCAGGGAAAGGAAGUUGAAGAGCAUUGCCGCGAUUUACAGCAGGAACAGGAGCAGGUAAAAAUGCUUCAGUUUGUGUCAGCCAGUAGCCAUAAACAAGAUUUUCAGAGUAAGUAAUCUAUUUUCGCAGGGUUUUUUUGGUCGGGUUUGGGUUAUGAAUUAAUGGCCUUUUUUUGUUAUUUAAGUCACAGAAAUUAUCAGAAGAGCUGAUGCAGUUGAGGAAAGAUUAUGCUGACCUUGCUGCGAAGACCUCUAGCAGGUUACCUGAUGCUUUUAUUUACCUAAAUUAUUUAAUUUAUUAUUUUAUUUAUGAUGAUACUGGAGCUCAUGGCGCUCGCGGUUAAACUCCACGGUGACCAAUCGAUGGUGUGAACGUCAUAUCCUUUUAAGUGCAGACUUUGGAAGAAAAGGACUGUUUUUUACCAUCCUUCCAUUUGCUGUAUGCGAGGCACCUGGAGAUUCAUAGCUGCAUAGAUUUGUUAGAUGUCUUAAAUGACCAAGAAGAAGUUUCUCUUAAACACAAAAAAGUAAUCAUGAUAACAAGAACAAACCACAAAGUAAACAAUUCUAGAAAGAGGGAGUUGAGAGAAGUUACAGGUUACCGGUCAACCCCUAUUUUAAAAAUUCCAGCUAGCCAUAUAUUACGAUUGGUUUAUUAUUUAUGUCACAAUGUAGUGUCGUUACUUUGCACUAAUACUCCUUGCUUCUAAAGUUUUGAGGUAGAAGGAAGUUAUUGAAAAAGUAGUGUCAUGCAAUGAAAUGAAGGCGCUUGCUUUUGCAGGAGUCAAAUGAUUUGUACGUUGCGAGAUGAGUUAAUGCAAAAAUGCCAGGAAGUUAUUGAACUUGAAGCUAUAAUCUCUUCAGAGAGGCAACAGGUAAAAAAUGUUGGAAAGUAAAAUUCUCGUUUCCUGCUGUGAUUGAAAUUGUGCUUCGUUAGCAUUUUUAUUUUACGGUUUAAAAAGAAAGGAAGAAAAAUAAAUCAAACACCAGAAUGCUCAGAAAAGAAUUCCGAGCUCCACGUGAGGCUUUAACUAUACGACUCUCCGAGUUACAACCUUGACUGUGCUGACCAUGAGGCUACAAAAGCGCGGGUCACUUUUAAGAGUAAUGCUUGUCAGUAUUGCUAAACGACCCUAAACCACUUUUUAGGAAUGUUUUGUUUAGUCAAGGGUUAACAGCCAUUUAAGAAUCAAUUUUAUCAAUUUCGUCAGUCUUAUCUUAUUACUGUUAGCUUCUUGUACUCCGUCGAAAUGUAAAGCGAAGGUUAUAGUUUAGUGGUGCUUUGACGAAUCAGCCUGAGUAAGGCACAUGGUCAGACCAAGAAUUCCUUGAGUCAACCAUACCUGCUAAGGAAAAAGACAUACCUUCUAAUGAAAAGUUCAUCGGGUCCACUUGACUGUGGCCUUAUGCUAGCGCACAAACCUCUCCCGUUGUUACCGUAUUUUUUAAAAAUGCCUUAGGCCUAGGCCGAACGGAAAACGUCGAGCUUUCCAUGAGACGAACCAAACUCUAAUUUGAGCUAAUCUGGGUCGACCUAAAUUAAGUUAAGAACGUCUGUUGGGUCGAACUUAGGACCCGUUGAACCAAUCAACUGAAUCAGACGAACAAGCAAUUUUAGCCAAACAAGGCAAAAUAUAACCCGUCUGAAGCAGACGGAUAGAACGUGUUGGACGAUCCAAACUCAUUCAGACGAACUUAACUGAGCCAGAAGUCGAACUUUUCAAGAACUUAACUCACUAACGCUGGUUCCUCUCAUGAAAAGUUCAACGCGUGACCUAGGCCUUAGUAGUCUCCAAGGCUGCAUUGGUUUCCAAAGAUUCCCGACAUGGACUCGAAAAAGGCUAUGUUUGUGAGCUCAACACUACCCGCAACAGAAUGUAUUAGUUGCUUGUAAGCGCACUAAUUUGCGACGUGAACGUAUAAUUAUAGAACCUUAACUUUUUUGUCAAAAUAAUUUUGGGCAAUUUAUUACACCUACUUCCAUUUAGCGAAGUUCGCUGCAGUACUCAACUCAAGCUGACCAAAAGUCCACUCAACGUUUGGGCAGGUUACUGCCCCAUGUUACGUCGGUAUAUUUUCCCUUGCAGAAUUUCACAUCCAAGGCGGGAUCGCCACUGAAAAGGAGAACACUUGAGAAUGACAAGUAAAACUUCUCUUUGUAUUCAGUACUAUCACACGUCCAUGUUUAGUGUAUACUCUCUUCUCUUUUGGCAAAGGGUUUGUGCAAACUUGGUAGGAAUUGGGUAAUAUUAAGAUCUAUUAAUGAAAUAAAUUUUUUAUGUGAUAUGUGCUUACAAUGACCAUGCCACAAAAUGAACAGAUGACACUUGAAUUUGUAGGUCUCAUUGCCUCAGUUAUACUCAUAACUGGACGUAACCUUGGUAACCACUUCAGAGCCCAGUCUGGGUAUUUAUUCUUCUUUUCCUAUUUCCUAUUCCGUUACCUAUUUCGUUUCCUCUGUGUGGCGUUUCACAAGCUACUCUGAAUAAGGAGAGGACUUUCAACUGACCCACAAACAAGAAAAGGCAGUGUGUUCGCAGCACAGGGCUUGCUUGUGAAUGGAAGGCUUGUAGUCAAACAAGCAAGCCGAGAUUAUUAGUAAAAGUUUAGCUAGUUCAGUUGUUAUCUCUACGCUUAUCCCCCCUUGUUUGUUUGCUUUCUUGUUUCCAGAAGUUUUGUGCAGAAGUUUGAGUCCGCAGAAAUUUCUCAAACGGAAUUCAACGAGAUGAAAAAACUGACUUCUGUAAAUACAUCCCUUAAUGAAAGAUUAAAAGAACUGAUGAUCGAGAGAGACUUGGCAUUACAGGACUCCCAAGACCUUCUUAAUGGAAUGCAGGUAGAUUGAACCUUUCUUAUGUCAUUAUAGAUGUUUAGUGUUUGAAUUAAUAUACACUACUAUGAAUAUUUACAUAUAAGAUCAAAAUUAAGUGGGUGUACAUACAGUCACAUUAUGUGAAUGGUUAUAUCUUUAGAAAUGGAUAUUAAAACUCUACUCCCGUUUGAUCUCCUUUUUGUAAUACCUUAGGUACUGAAAACGGAAUGUUUGCAUAAACACCAAAAUAUCGUUUGCAUUGUGUUAAAACCAAGAAGUCAAAAAGGCGUGACUACUAAUUAUGCAUUCAUUCCUGUGUAAAGAGGAAAAAACCAUGGCACUUAUAACGUUGUUCAUGUCUGCUAAUCUUGAUUGUUGUUGUUUUUUUUUUUAGCAACUAAGGGAUGCAUUUGAAGAAGAGAUGGAGCGACAGCAGGAGCGAGAGAGAACAGACUUAAGGAAAGAAAAGCAUUUACUGCAGGUACGCAUGCGCUGUAUUUGCUUUUUAUUAGCCGGGUUUUCCUUGAGAGGUCAUUGCCACUAAAAACACGCGAAAUAGACAUCGCAGCUAACAAGUGGUUAAUUAAUUCCGUUUCGAUAAUAUGAUAGAAACCACUAAUAUUCUUUCUUUGCUGGCUGUAUCAUGCGCUUAACUAUAUUUGCAGAAGCAGCCAUAAGUGUGGUACAGUAAACACCCGCACAUAAGAACACACGAUUUCGGAGGUCAGGCUGAUUGAGUCCUUAUUUAUCGGGUGCUUAAAGGCGAAUCAGUCUCAAAAUGGUCUUAAAAUGUUCGUAAAUUUUUAUUUAGUAAUACUAUCCAGAACAGGUUGCUAGAGGUAUAUUUAGCAUAUUUUAGAAAAAUAAAAUAAACAAUUAUUCUGUAAUUUGAUUUUUUUAACAAAUAAAGUUAUCUGACAGCAAACAUAAACUUACAUGUUUUGUAAUUAUGACACUUUUUCCAUUUUAUAAGAACAUGUACAAUUUUCAGGCCGAUCUUGUUCUUAUAAAAAGGGGACUUAAUUGGCCAAAUUUCAGUCUGGUGUUCUUAAUCCAUUUGUUCUUAUAUGCGGGUGUUUACUGUAGUUAUUCAAUGGUAAAUCAUUCGCACCAGUCUCUAACCGUUCUUUAAUUGACCUCGGAGCGAGUGAAUUGGUUGUCACUCAAUAUGCAAUUUCACCACGCUCCUUAUUUUUCACGUCACUUUUCAGUUCUCCCACUAACUUGUUUCUGCUUCACGAGGAGGCAGCGUGAGACCGCUGGACUUGCAAUUCGCAGGCGCCGAGUCAAGUCCCGCCCUCGCUUGUAAAUUACUUCUAGUUUGACUCCGGCCAGUUGGGAAUCUUAACCCUGUUAUGCUUGAAUAUAUUUGAUUAUUUGUUUCAGUCAUUUGCUCAGCCCCACUAGCAUAAGUGCUAUAAAUACUGCCGAGGGUAAAUAAAGGAAUUAUUAUUAUUUACAGUUCAAACGACAACGAAAUCAGCUGGACAUACUGUUGGUUUGCAGAACUAAGACAAGUAAUCAACAUGCAGGCAAUCGAAAAACUGCGAAUUCACGUUGGCGAUUUGUCAGAAUACUGCAAACCAACUGUGGGAAAAUCUCAGGAUCAUUGAUAUUUGAUACAUGUUCUGCUAAAAGGAAAAUUUCAUUGCACAUUGUAAUAAGAAGCUAUUUAAAAUUUAAAAAACAUGAUGCUGAGUGUUGCGUUGAGUUCGUUCGGGAAAUGGAAAUAAAUUUGCAUUUUCCUGUACUGUACGAUCUACUGUAUUUACUUCAUUGUUGAAUAUGCUAAUUUUACUAAAAAAAACUUUAAAAAGCUGUAAUAACAUUGAAGAUGCUGCUGAUACUUCGGUUUUGCUAAAACUGAAGAACGUGGCUCUUUCUAACCCAUCUCCUUGAUUAAACGCCAGCGUCUCCAAAUCGUACAAACUUUUCCACUUUACCAAUCCCCGAUUACUGCUAGUGUUAUUUCGUCGAUUAUUUUUUCUCAUAGAUGGCAAAGAGUCAAAAAGACGAUGAUCACCCUUCGAGUGAGUUUUUUUUUUUUAAUUCUUAUGCUUUAUCUUUUGUUGGACUUGUCUUUCCGUUUGUCCUGCGAUUGUCAUCGUUUUAUACCCUGAAGUUAGCAUUCUGUUCAUCCAUUGAGGGAGUGGUUUUCGUUCCCAUUUUGUAAGCACUUGUUAUAUCUCUAAUAGGCUAUUUGUGGGGGACUACCAGCUUACCCUUGUCUGAACAGAACAAUUUAUAGGAAGCUUGUCAUUUUUGUUUUAUAUUAACAGCUGUUUACACCUUUAAUUUGUCGUUUUUAGAUUCUGAUUCAUCGACGGAAACAAGACUCACUCUGUUGACAGAACAAAAAAUUGCUCUUGAAAUGAAAAGGUGAAUUAUUGUGUCAUUGCGAUUGUAAAUGCUGCCCCAUUUCGUCAGUUUUACAACGUUUUAGUUUGUUUUGUAAUCGAUGACAAACAACUCUAAAUCCUACGCUUAGCUUCUUCGCUUUCACUUGCCUUGCAUACAUUUACAAAACAGAUUUAAUUGCAAUUUCUCCUGAAUUUUUUUGGACAUUUAAUUCAUCUAUUUUCUUUCUUGAAGUAAACAUUUGGAAUAUGAACGUGAUGAGCUUCGUAAUCAAGUGGAAGAAUUGUGUAAAAUGAGGACGGCAGCAUAUGAGUAAGUCAGAUUCCUUGUUACUUGUGUUGCUUGGCUUUGAUGCUUUGCGUGUUCAUGUAGCCAAUUACUGGAACAGUUGUGGGCGUGUGUCAAACCGUGUAGCUAUACCAGAUAGCCAGUAUCGCGGACCACCCUUCACCGACAAUAAUUAUUGCCCUAGCUUGGUGUGUUGUGUGAUGAUCUUUUCGCAAGAGAGGAUAAAGGGGACAAAGAAGGCAUCCUCCAUACACACCCUAUUCCAUAGGAAAUUCGUCUCGAGUUAUGUUUAAGACCACAGAUCCCAAGGGGGAUUAGACAACAGUCAAUCACAUAGCGCGAAUGUGUUCCGCGUGGAUGACCCACGCUCAGAGCCACGCGUCCUUCACGAAUUGACGCAGAACAAAAUGGCGGAGAGCGAUAUUGCUAUUGCUAUUCGUUUUGUCGACGAAAACGACUACAGCGAGAUUUCUGCUAAAGCUGUGUCAGCGAAACGGAAAUUAAAAAAGAAUCGCCCUUCCUCUCUUGUAUAGAGCUAACAGUACAGCAGGGAAAUCCUUAACAGACUGGAUAUUCCCUCAGGAUCAUUUAUAAUUUACAGUUUGAAGAGAGCAAUUUCUGGUUUGAUAUUUGUUCUUUUAUUAGUCUUUUAUUUUCAAAAAAAAUAACACUUGGCGUCCUACUUGCUUUAUUGUACCAACGACCGGUUUCAAUAGAACGGCGAAAUUUCUCAUUUUAUUAAAGCACUGAGGUUACGACAACUUUGAGUUAAACUAAUUUCACGGGUUGUCAAAGAGUCCAGCGAUUCCUUUUUCCCAGGUGAGCGCCGAUUCAUUUCGCUUCAAUAUUCAGGAAUGCUCUCAAUCUCUUUACGCUUUCAUUGCCUUUCGCCCGACAUGUUUUGAGCGGCGUUUAGUCAUGCGAAACCUCCACGAAACAUCCACGCAGCACGCGAGGUAACUUUAUCCCGAUUCUAAAAAUAACUCGAGACGAAUUACCUGUGGAAUAGGGUGUGUAUGGGGGAUGCCUUCUCCGUCCCCUUUAUCCUCUCUUGUCUUUUCGGUAUCUCGGACAAAAAAAGUUAAAAAUGUAAAUGUAUGAAAGUAAAGACAGACCGAUCAGGUGUAGGAGACGCGCCCAAAUUGGUAACGGUUUGGAUACUCAUUUCUUCUUUUUCCCUUUGUAGAAAAGCUGUACAAGUAGAUCCACCUUCGAGUCCGAGGAGAAGAGAAAACAAAGCGACUUUACGAAAACGGUAUGACAAAGAUUAGUUCUUUUUUUAUGGAAAAUGCAAUAUGUACCAGACUUAACCACAUAGUUAAAUUUUAGAAACCAAAGCUAUUCCUAAAGUGAUCGGCAUGUUCUGUGAUAGGCUCUCAUGCAGCACGCCGACAUCUUUGAAGAAGUUAAGGUAUAAGGUUUUAUGCAGUAUUUAUUUAAACGACUCAGUAGUCUCUUUUGAUAGUACAGACGUCGAACAUUUCUCCUGAAUAUUCUUUUUGUUUUCGGCUGUGACCAUGUCUGACUAACCACCCCUAAAAUUAACCACCUUGUGUACUUAGACUGAUUGUGGGUUACGUUUGUAACGAAGUGAAGCAACUUUCUGUCUAAAUUAAGAAUGGAGUCUUCUUGUAUUCCCUCUUUCUUUGUAACGGUGCCUGAUUUGUUGUUUUUUUAGAAGCAAGAGUGUCGGUAUGAUGUCGGCCCCUUCCACCACCACCUAGGACACACCAGGGUGACCAGGCAAGCGACAGGCACACCAAAGCCGCGUGUCAAAAGAAUUUGCUGAUUAUUCUCCAGUUGACUGGACGUUUGGGUCAAUAGACUGCUAGAAACUUCGGCGUAAAGAUUUUUUUCUUUCAAUAAGUGUUCUGCGGAGUGAGUGUAUGAAUUAAAUUUUGCUGCAUGCGGUGAUUGCCGGUACUACCGCCUUCCUUAUGUGUCUGAGAGUUACGGUUUUGCAUUUUUCCCCAACUAAGCUCUUUGAAGAAAUUUAUUUUUAAAAGAAUUUCAGUUUAAUUUAUUUAGGUUAAAAUGUUGUGAAUUUUCCUUUAAUAAUCCUGAUGAUAUUCGCAAUGUCGUUUUGAAAGCCUUCAAUUACUAUUAAGGCUGUCGGCAUUCUUGAUCAGUACCGUGAGUUCAAAUACCUCGUUAAUUUACACUUUGUAAAUAAACUGUAGUCCAAGGUAAACCCUUAUUUUUCCAGGCUUUUUAACUUGUAUUAAAAAGAUGAUUUUAUCUAGAGUCUACAUGCGUAUAUUGAUUUGUGUUGGGGCCGUUUUGUUAUCUAAUAUUUGUUCCCCCGUGAAAUCCGCUAGUAAAGGUGCUGCAUGGUUACAAAUUUUUUGCUGUCCUGCUCCUCAAGUUGAGUAUUUAUUCAGUCUAUACGGUACAGAAAACCUAACCUUUACAACAUCACCUUGUAUCCUGUGUUUGGGAAUGUACUGUUUCACUGCGUACCAAUGAGCCCCUUUAUAGCUAAUACCGUUCUCCUCCCACCUCUGCAUAUCCUGCCAAGAGAACACUACUGUCUAGGGAGGGUCAAAUGGUACUGUCUACAAUAGCUGGCCGCCAUGACAUUGGUUUUAUUCCGCCCAAUAAAAGUUUACUCUCUUGAGAAACUGGCAUUGAAAAAAUUUACCAAGAACAUAACAGAGUAACUUGAGAUAUCCAUAAAUAUUAUCAGUUGAUGUUAUUAUCUUUACACUCCAUAUGUAUUAUCGCUCGCAAAUCAUACGUGUACGUGACGUGAAGGUAGUCGCGUUACUGUUAGUUGGCCACGUUUGCUUUGUCCAUAUGUCUUAAACAAGGUCAAGUUUGAUGACCCGUGAAGGAAGUUUUUUGCCUUCCGCCAAAUGGAUUAAAAGGGGAACAUGAAUUUUCACGCACGCUUUUCUUCAAAACAUUGGUACAGUUUGUACUACUUUUCUGAAAUUGUAAAGCUACGCUACGAAUGGCCCAGGAGCUUCGAUUUUCGAUUGGUGCUAAUAUAAUCAUCUGAUUGUCAGUAAUGAAUGGUAAGAAAAAAACCCUAUUUUUUCAAUCGUACCUGUCUACGCUCACAUGCAUAACUUAUGAGUCGUGUGUUUAUUAUACUUUCAGAUUUUAUGCUUGUGUUAGCGGCGAUAGUUGGUGGAAUAAUCUGUGCGAUUAUUGCAAUAUUUAUGUGCACCUUCGCCUGUCGAUACAGGACUGCUCACAAAGUCAGUGACAGCAGCAACUCAAGAAUGAAAAGCGCUGAGUCUGAACCGAUCCUCGCGGCCGAUCAGAGCAGCUUCAAUUUGAGUUCAAUUGAGAUGAGCAGUAACGAAAAUGUUUCUCCCUGUCCCUCCUGUAGGAAAUUGUCCUCAUUUUCUAACCCUUGUGAGUGCGACUUCACCUCUGUGCAGCUUGCUGAGAGAAAACCUUGUCAGGUGCAGUUUUCGCUUUUCUAUAAUUUUCACAAUUCACAUCUGUUUAUUAACAUAAUGUGUGCUCUGAAUAUCACACGACGGUGGUAUGGAAAGUACCCACCGACACAAGUGCGAUUUCAGCUUCUCCCAGACGAUUCCAACAUUUACCGCACGGAAAUCAAAAGCAACACUGCUGAGCCAAUUUUUAACGAGACAUUCGAGUUUAUUGGCUAUUCGGAGAAUGAACUUAGGGAACUGAUCCUUCGUCUUGGCUUGUACGCUUUCGAUAAGUUCAGUAGAGGGAAAAUGAUUGGAUACACAGACGUACAUUUCAGCAAGGAGAAGUUUCUACCCAGUGAACCGACCAUAAUAUGGAGAGAGCUGCUUCCUAAAUCUCAGGUAUAAUUUGAUAUUUUUUCCCAUUCUCCAUAGCUAUUUAGAGGGAGGGAGUCAUUCAGGCUAUCGAUGUACGUUUUACUUCCUUCAACGUUGACAGAUACGUAGCCAGUUUGGCCUCAUUUUCUUAACACUAUGACAGAAUUUACCCUGCUAGCAGAGUCGCUUCGAUCUUUCCUAGAUAAGUCGGGAAAGAGGAAGGCCUUCCUCUUUCCCGACUUAUCUAGGAAAGAUCGAAGCGACUCUGCUAGCAGGGUAGACAAAAUUAUGCCUGAAAAGCAAUUUGACAGCACGUAAAAUCUAAGGAGAAAUACGCGUAUUUCCGGUUAAUUCUUUAUCACGAGUAAAACACAAACGGCGAAUAAUAGCUGUUGUUCUAAUACUAAGUAUAAAUUAACUCAGCAAGUUUGUGAAAAACGUUUUCAUCAGUUAAUUAAACGAAAAGCCGAUUUGCUAUUUAAAGGGACACCUGAAACUGAACCUCGAUAGUCGACUCGAUACUGACGAAGGGCCAAAGGAACGGGAAAUUUUGUUCGCUAUACCAAGGUUUCGUUGUAUCGAAGUUCUUUUUCAUGUGUUUUACUAUUACUGGAAUGAAGAAAAGUGUUCGUUAUAGUGUCAGCAUGAGGACUUCGUUAGAUAGAGACUCCGUUAUAUCGAGGUUCCAUUGUAAAAAUGCAGUUAAUUUGUGACGCAUUGGAACGGAUUGUAUUUUAUGUCAUUCACAAAUCAGAUGAAAAAAGCCUCACAGUUUAUGUAAUGUAUCAAGCAUGAGACGCAGUGUUCCAUUACCAGCUGAAAUACUGAGAAGAGAGUUGAAAAUACGACGAGCAGCGGAGUAUUUUAACUGUAACCUGCGAUGUACGUUUUCAGUCAGUUACACGACCCUCUUUACUGAACUGAUAUACCCACAAAAGAGACAUUUUUUCCCCAAAACCCACCAGACUUGUUCAAACUCUGUUUGCCACAGUUCACUAUUUACCUGAUGAAAUACUUCAGUCAUUUAUCGCAUUUCAAUACAAACCAAGUCCAUUUUGUAACAGCUGAAUUGCCACAGUUUAUCCUAGCACUGAUUACGGUUUAAUUGCAGUCACGAGGACGUUCUUUAAGUCAGAUAAGAGGUGAAAUUCAUAUCUCACUUCGAUACGAAGCUGGCCGAGCAAGGUUGAAUGUUACUGUGCUGAAAGCUACUAAUCUCCUGAGAAGCAGCAAAUUUCUUAAUACUGGUAGGUCGCAUAGAGUAAUUUUAUAUUUGUUUCACAUCAUCUUUCCCUAGCACUUUCCAGUAAUAUAUACCUGGACCACGUCCGACCUUGAUUCAGUCACCCACUAACACGUCUUUCAACAGGCUUCUUGAUUGUAGAGCUACUACGUAGAAAAGUCAUCAAUAAAACGUUAUUAUUAUUAUUAUUAUUGUUGCUUGUUUAGUCUCUGAACCACCGAGUCCAAACUAUGGCCUUUAGGUACCAAAGAGUUUACUUGAUUGACAGAACCUUUCUGAGGAUGUGUGCUGUUCCCUGAAGAGUGAUUUUUUGAAGCUCGUUGAUGUUAGUUGUUCCUGGAAUUCUGUCAACGUGUGAUCCGACGAAUCGGGCGGAGAAUAAAAAAGGUUUAGGGGGAAACGUUACUUAACCUUAGUUUUCUUCUUAUUUGCCUAUUCAUAAGAUGAGGCAGCCCGGCUACCUGGGCUUGGCCGAUUUAAAGUCUGGCAUUGGGACCAAUUACCUUAUAUUGUGUUAUUAUUUAUCCAUAAAUUUUCGUUGUGUUAAUUUGAAACGGCGGGCUGCUCCGCCCUGAGAAGCAACUGAGAUCUCGGUAAGUAGGCCAGCCCUCCUACUCAGAUAAACACAAAAAAAUGAUUUUAGGAUACAAGGCAUGAGAAGAAACAGCCCCACGGUAGAGUGGGCUGGCCUGGUUUGAGUUGGUUAUGUACUUUUCCUGCAAAGCGGUUAAUGUGGAUCCUUAUUACUUUUUUUAUUUUUCCUGUUUGACUGUUUGCGAUCUGCAGCACCGUAUGUGUGUUUGAUACUAAACGCAAAUGGGCAACUAUUGGACAGCAGAAAAACGAAGAGAUCUCGAGGCAUGAAUGCAGUAUGGAAUCAAGGUUUCUUGUUUGACGUGAAAAAUGAGACGAUUGAUGACUAUUCUGUUACCAUCAAGGUCAUGAACCACGACCUACUGAAAAAUGAUGAGCUUAUUGGUCAGGUAAUCAUUGGACCGCACAGUAAGGGUAGUGGAAGGGAGCACUGGGAAGAGGCUAUGCGGAAUAAACACAACAGAAGAGAGGUUGCAAUGACGCACAUUUUGGAAUGAGACCGAGACGUGGACAAUGACGAAAAUGCGUUAUUUUAUGUCCAAAGACAUUGCUUUGGACGGGAAAACUCCUUAUUCCAAGCAUUUUUUUCUACCGACUUGCUGUAGAAAGCCUAAACGUAAUAAAUGGCCCUAAAUGUAAUAACAUUUGGCGCCAAAUGUAAUAAGCUCUUAAGAGUGAUAUCAUUAGACCUGAAAAGUAUUGAAGUCAUGUUAUCGUCAUCAAUGAAGUAAGUACGUUAGUACGUCACUAAAAAGGCUGUGUCACGGCUGACUGCAUCAUUAUGUUAAUGUUGCAAUUAUCAUAUUUACUCGAAUAAGGGCCGCCAAUGAAGUACCGUCCUCAAAUAAGCGCCGCUCCCGAAGAAGCAUCCGUUCUGUUUAGUUACAAUUCUUUGUCGCUUCCAACUUUCAAAUAAACGCUGCGCUCAUAAAAGCGCCGCAUUGAGAGUUUUGUUAAGCGGCUAAUCUCGCGUGGCGUUACAUUUGAUUCAAGGACAUGUUAAAUAACUUUGCCAAUGAAAUGUAAAUUGUGGUAUUCAAAAACGCAAAAUUAAAGUGAUUCAAAAUAUAAAAUUUUCGCAAAAUUGCGAAAUUUAAGUGUCGCGAAAUAUGCGCACAUCAAAAUCGCGAAAUAGAGAUGUCGCGUAAAUUUCAUGUAAUAAGGUACUACGAUAUUAUUACGAUACGAAUAAAUUAUUGUUUAUAUAAGGGCCGCGGCGCUUAGUCGUGGUGGCUCUUAUUCGAGUAAAUGCGAUAAUUGGCGACAUUAACAUACCGUAAAAUUCAGAAAAUAAGCCCCGAGGCUUAUAUUUUUCAAAGGCCCUUUUUGAAGGGCUUAUAUUCGGAGGGGCUUACCUACGGAGGGAAAUAUGCGUUUCAAACUCGAUUGGGCUAGCCUUAUAGUUGGAAGUAAAUUUACCGUUUUUGCUCAUUGUUUUACUUUGUAUUUGAGGGCAAUUUUCCAAGUACAAGCCCCCGGGUGCUUAUAUUUGGAGGGGCGAUUUAACGGAGGGUUUUUUGCGUUACCGGUUUGGGGGGCUUAUAAUUGGAGGGGCUUAUACAUGGAGGGGCUUAUUUUCGGAAUUUUACGGUAAUGAAGGAGUCAACCGUGAAUUGCAAAGUUUACCCCAUGACGAACUUAAAUUCUGUGCACAUAAACGUUGCUCGUGUUUUAUUCUUUUUUAAUAUACGUCCAUCCAUUUAGUGUCAAAUAAGUAACCUAUCAUAUCCAUGUUUGCAAAGACUAUGUAAUAAAGAAUCCCGUUGAAGUCCUGAAAUUUUUUUCGGGUUAAUUUACAAUUGCUUAAGCUGCAAUUACCACUGCGAUAAUCAUAUCUUCGUUUAAUAAAAAAUUUUAUUAUAUAGACACGAGUGUUUUACUAGAAAAUAUACCACUCGUAAAAUUCAUGAAAACUACAUCCGGGACCCGAGUGGUUUAUUUUCCAUAAUCUCACACGUGAGUUUAUCGAUGACGUAAUUUCGGUAAUUUCCCUCCAAAAUUUGUAGGCGCUUGCGUCCUUUGAAUUUUAAUUACACAUUUUUCAAAGCUUUACUUAUAUUUUGUCAUUGCAGAGCCCGAUUCAGCUCAGUGUUAUUUCUUAAGAUGAUUGUAAACAACGUCGUAUAUUGCUGUACUGUAAAUUUGAGCCGUCACAAUUACUUUUUGCAUUGGCGAAUAAAAAUCUAUUAUUUU